AACCUUCAAUUUCGGUUUACUUUUACUUGUCUAUGCUUUUAAUAACUUGUAUGCGGUUUUAUAAUGUAUUUCUACCUCAUAUUGUAAGCUUUAAAAUAUCUGGAAUUGUUCAACGGAGACUGGUUUUUCUGCACAAUAUCCCAAAAUGAUGCGAUAUGAGAAUGAAAAUGAAACCCUCAAAGAUAAAAGUGCCUGUGCUGGCGUGCGUGCAGAUUUAAAAAUGUGUCUCCUUGAAAGCGAUUGUUGCCGAUCCAGACAGAAAACGCCACGAGAAUGUCUAAACCUCAAUGAUGGGACAGUACCAUCUGAGUGCUAUGUCCUUCGAAAUACCUUCUUUGAAUGCAAAAGAUCAAUGUUGGACGCAAGGCAACGGUUUAGGGGUAGAAAGGGUUAUUAACAGCUGGUACUGUUGAAGUAUAGUCACAUGUUUUUUUGUAAGCGAGUAGUUGGCUAGUGUGUAAUAAAUAAUAAUAAAUUAAUUACUUACUUA